AUGGAUUACUUCAGCACUUUUAGUCACAACUUUAUCAUAGGUGGUGACUUUAAUGCCAAGCACCCUAUCUGGGGCUGUCGUUCUAACAACCCAAGAGGCUCUGUUCUCUACAACUUUAUUAAUCUUAAGGGCUACUCAAUUCUCGCGCCUCCUGGACCAACAUAUUGGCCCACCUCUCCGCGGAAAAAACCAGACAUACUGGACAUAUUUGUAUCCAACACACCUCACAACUUAUUCUGCGUGACUACUAAUCUCUUAGAACCCUGUUCAGGUCAUUCAGCAGUACUCCUGACUAUCAGUGCCUGUCCUCUAGUCCGGCCUACCCUACCAAAACUCUUUCACCAUACUACUGAUAGGCAUAAAUUCCACGACUUGGUCGAUCAAAACAUAAAUCUCAAAAUUAGUCUCAAAUCCCCCCAAGAAAUUGAUGUAGCGAUAAAUAACCUAACAAAUGUAAUCCAAUCUGCAGCUUGGGCUUCCGGUCCUACCAAAACUCGUUAUUCAAAUGUUAUUUUGUCAGUCCCCGAAUAUAUUUGCAUCCUUAUAUCCAUUAAGCGUAGAUCAAGGGCCCAAUACCAACGCUCACGCCUUCCAUCCUACAAACGUAUUUAUAACAAUCUAUCUAACUCACUGAAAAAAAUACUCAUUAAGCAUAAAAAUCAAUCUUUUGAAAAUCAUCUCUCAAACUUGUCACCUAAGAAUGGCAAACUCUUGUUAACUACCAAAAUUCUUCUAAAAUACAAACCUCCGCUCGUUCCCAAAAUAAAUCCUCAUGGUGGACUUGCAACUACCGAUGCUGAAACAGCUGAGCUGUUUAAAGAACGUCUAACUGAAACUUUCAUGCCUCACCCGGAUAUACAAAUACCUUUUCAUACUGACAUAGUAAAUCGCUCAAUCGUUUCCCACCUUUCUACUUUUCCCGCAGUUAAGCAUUUCACUCCUGGUGAAGUCAAAUUUAUAAUUCAAAAAUACAGUCUCAAAAAAUCUCCUGGGUUUGACCUGAUUACUGCAGAAGUGGCCAGGUCCCUCACCAAAAGAGCCAUUGUGCUUCUCACAGUUAUAUAUAAUGCGUGUCUAAGGUUGUCUUAUUUUCCUAUGCUUUGGAAAUUUUCUGUAACGAUUCUAGUUCCAAAACCUAACAAGCCUCCCGACUUGUCCUCCUCCUACCGACCUAUAAGUCUCCUCCUCUUCUUCAGAAAAAUUCUCGAAAGAUUAAUUCUUAAAAGAAUUCUUCCAUGCAUCUCUUCCAAUNCCCAAAAGAGCCAUUGUACUUCUCACAGUUAUAUAUAA